CAGACAGCGUGAGAAGAGGGGGAGGAAAAAAAAACUCCUGUGACGUCACACACUUUUGAAUUCAGUAGACCAAGAUGGCGGAGGUGCGCGGGUUGAGGAGCCGAAAUGCCUUCGAGCCCAACUGCAAAAGCCGAGUCACAGACGAAGGCUUGAGUGGUGUGGAAGAUGUCCCCCCUUUUCGGCACAACGUGAAGCCCCCUUUGGCCGCGCCCGGAGACCCGGAGGAGACCCCGCGCACCGCCGCCUCGACCUCGGGCAAAAAUGUCCGCCUCGCCGCCUCCCCCGACGCGUUUCUGGAGGGAGAGGCGGUGGAGGAAGAGGCGGAGGAGGAGGGAGCGGAGGGGGCCGCCAGGCCCAUCCAGGUGGUCCUGGCCAAUGAGGACGAGCACAGCUUUGAGCUGGACGCCGCGGCGCUGGAGAGGAUCCUGCUGCAGGACCACGUGAAGGACCUGAACGUGGUGGUGGUGUCCGUGGCCGGCGCCUUCCGCAAGGGCAAGUCCUUCCUGCUGGACUUCAUGCUGCGCUACAUGCACCGCCAGGGCGAGUCGUGGAUGGGAGGUGACGACGAGCCCCUGACCGGGUUCUCCUGGAGAGGAGGCUGCGAGAGGGAAACCACGGGAAUUCAGAUCUGGAGCGAAGUCUUCGUGGUGGACAAGCCCGACGGCAGCAAGGUUGCCGUGCUCCUCGUGGACACUCAGGGAGCGUUUGACAGCCAGUCCACCAUUAAGGACUGUGCCACCGUGUUCGCCCUCAGCACCAUGACCAGCUCUGUGCAAGUGUACAACCUCUCCCAGAACAUACAGGAGGACGACCUGCAGCAUCUGCAGCUUUUCACAGAAUAUGGUCGCCUGGCAAUGGAGGAGAUCUACCUGAAACCUUUCCAGUCACUGAUGUUUCUGAUCCGGGACUGGUGUUACCCUUAUGAACACAACUACGGACUGGAAGGAGGCAACAACUUCCUGGAGAAAAGACUCCAGGUGAAGCAGAACCAACACGAGGAGCUGCAGAACGUGAGGAAGCACGUCCACUCCUGCUUCUCCAGCAUCGGCUGCUUCCUGCUGCCCCACCCGGGCCUCAAGGUGGCCACCAACCCGUACUUUGACGGCCGGCUGAAAGACAUCAAUGGUGAUUUUAAGAAGGCUCUGGCCAAGCUGGUGCCUCUCCUCUUGGCCCCAGAGCGCCUGGUGGAGAAGGAGAUCGGAGGCAACAAAGUCACCUGCAGAGACCUCCUGGAGUACUUCAAGGCCUACAUAAAGAUCUACCAGGGGGAGGAACUGCCUCACCCAAAGUCCAUGCUGCAGGCGACCGCAGAGGCCAACAACCUGACCGCCGUGGCGGGAGCCAAAGACAUGUACGGCAAGAGCAUGGAGCAGAUCUGCGGCGGGGACCAGCCGUACAUCGCCCCGGCCGACCUGGAGCGCUGCCACGAGGAGUUCCGCGAGCACUCGGUGGGUCACUUCCGCUCGGUGAAGAAGAUGGGCGGCGAGGAGUUCUGCCAGCGCUACCAGAGCCAGCUGGAGGCGGAGCUGGACGAGGCCUACGGCAACUUCUCCAGGCACAACGACGGCAAGAACAUCUUCCACACGGCGCGCACGCCCGCCACGCUCUUCGCCGUCAUGUUCGUCACCUACGUGGUGUCCGGCGUGACGGGCUUCGUGGGCCUGAGCGCCUUGGCGUCGCUGGCCAACCUGGCCAUGGGCGUGGCGCUGCUGUCGCUCUGCGCCUGGGCCUACGUCAAGUUCUCCGGAGAGUUCCGGGAGGUGGGGACGAUGAUCGAUCUGGUGGCCGAGACGCUCUGGGAACAGAUCUUAAAGCCACUAAGUGAACAUUAUAUGGAGGACAAGGUGCGACAGACGGUGGUGAACUCCAUCAAAGCCAGCUUGACAGAACAAGGCUCGCAGCAGACCAAGUUAAAGACUCGCUGACGCACCUCCCCCGUGGUGUCCCCCCUCCCUCCCCCCUCCGCUCAAUGUGUCCAAUCCUAGAACUGUGGAACUAGUUCAACACCAAAGCUGACCCCCUUUUAUCCCUGCUCUUCAUCGCCCCCCAGUGCCUCAAAGCCAAAACUGGAGCUAAAGGACCUUCAUCUUCAAUGUGCCAUGCUGUGAUCUUUUGUUGUAGGCGCACGCACACACACACACACACACACACACGUAUGCUGUAAGAGGACUGCACUUGCUUCAGGAUUGAGCUGCAAUUCAGGGAAAACUGACGCCGCUGUGGGCGGCUGCUAUCGGCAAUGGAUGCAAACUGAAACACACUUUCUGUGCAUUUAACCGGUGUUGUCUUACGAGCGAGACGAGCUCGCUUUACUUUCUCUUCAUCCCGUUUAUUAACCUUUCCCCAAUAAGCACAAGUGACUCGUCGAAUAACAGGGAGGCCGCCGUUAAAUUGUUUCAACAUAAUCAGGAAAUGUCCCUGUCAUGAACGAGGUAAUUCUCCAGUUAUUUUCCGGAGAAUCUUUCUACUUCCUCCGACAGGCUACUAGAUGUCCCGCCUGUCUCCAAUCAAUCAUUCGGUUUGUCCCAGUGAGCUCAAAACCAUGUAACUCGAGGCCACGCUGGGCUGCGGUUUCUUGCAGGCGUCUGCGCGUCUUUCUUCCCUUUAGUAUUUUGUGAUAUCCUGAAGAGAACUGUAGGGAUCUGAUCUUUUGACGUGUUUUUAAAUUAGGGCUGAUGUCGCGUUGGACCCUCUGCAUGGUGUUAAGCGCUACUGAGUCGUAGCAUGAACAUAGCGUACAGCUUUUUAGAGCCACGGUGUCUUUAGUCAAGUAGCCUGAGAGGACGGUCAUCUUUUUAUUAAGCUGCACUGGUUCUGAAAGUUUCCCCAGUUUAAGACGUUCCUUGCUUUUAGGAGCCUUAUUUCGUUGGAGAAAGAUGUCUGCUUUUAGGUCAAACUCCUAUCACAUCUUUAAAGGAUCAGUUUAACAUUUGGGAAACUUUGUUUUGCGCUAUGCUUUGUGCAACUUUAACAUUUGUCCACCUCUAGGCUUAGCUGCUUCAAAUUUAAGGGACAAAAUGAGCGCAGCAUAAAUCCAGAUCUCUCCGAUGCUGAACUUUUUCUAUCAAGUUUGUUACCUGACUUUUUUUGGGGGGGAGGGAGAGAAUAGGGCAUUGAUUCUAUCCAUCAUCUCACACUGUACAGUCUCUCUGAUCGCGUAAACAAAUCGAGCUUGAUGACAUAUUUAAAUAAACGUUGUGUACAUUUCAUAGUGAAUCAGUUAACUGGCUGUUUUCUUGAUCAAUUUAACCAUCUGGUUUAGGAAUUGCUGCUGAAGGGUUUACGCUAGUUCAUUUCCUUUACACGGAUGUUAAUAGAAAUGUUGUGAAUCUCUGGAUUCUGAUUGUGACAAUAGCCUGUCUGCCUUUUUAAAAGGUAUCUCUGCUAAUUUAUUUUUGAAUAAAUCAUCAAUUCAA